GAAAGUGAGUAAAGGCGUGAGUGCACGCGCUGCAUUGUGGGUAGCACGUGUCUCAAUGUUUACCGCAGUGCAUUGUGGGACACGCCAGGAGAGCCACACAAGCCAAGAUGGCUGCCGGUUACCUGGAUUUGAGAGAGAAACUUCAAGGCCCUCCCCAUUGGGGCCGCAGUUCGUCGAGACAGGAGCGCAAACGGCGCUACCGGCGCGACCCGUACGACGGCAAGGGCGCCGGUCGACACGGGGCCCGCCAGCGUUACCUGAAAGCCAGCAACAGCAACAAUAACGGGGACGACAACGACGUCAUCGGGAUGGAUUGUCCGCCGAGGGAGAGAAGGUCACUGGAAGGGAUGCGGGAAGCGGAGCUGCGGCACAUCCACUCGGGGAUCAAGCAGAGGCGGCUGUUCAACGCCUGCCAGUGCGAGGGCAUCGAGAGCAAGAUCGACGAGGUGGUCAGCCUGGGAAAGAAAGGAUACUACAGAGACCACACCAUCGACCGAGCUCCCCUGCGCAUCAAGUAUUUCUUCGGCGAGGGCUACACGUACGGGUCGCAGCUGCACAGGAGAGGGCCCGGCAUGGAGAGGCUCUACCCGAAGGGCGAGGUCGACGACAUACCCGACUGGAUACACGAACUGGUCAUCAAACCGUUGCGUGAAGCGGGUGUCGUACCCGACGGCUUCAUCAACAGUGCCGUCAUCAACGAUUACCUCCCGGGCGGUUGCAUCGUGUCCCAUGUCGACCCGCCGCACAUCUUCGACAGGCCCAUCGUGUCCGUCUCCUUCUUCAGCGACAGUACCCUCUGCUUCGGCUGCAAGUUCUCCUUCAAACCGAUCAGGGUGUCCGAACCGGUGCUAAGUCUACCAGUCGACCGAGGCUGUGUUACCAUUUUAAGUGGUUAUGCUGCAAACAGCGUCACCCAUUGCAUUCGUCCGCAAGAUGUGGUAGCCCGUAGAGCUGUUAUCAUCUUAAGAAGAGUUUUCCCGUCGGCUCCUCGUCUACGUAUGGACGUCAUACCAAGCUCCUCCUCUUACAACAAGCGCCACAAGUACAGCAACUCCGUUGACGCUAGCGGCUCUUUGAACAACUGCAAUGCCGAUGACGGUACUGCUAAGGACAGCAAAGGAGUGAACUCUCUAAAUGACAGCCACGACAAUCAUGUCAAUAUCGACGACACCAGCAAUGACGGCACCGUCGAUAUUGACGACGACGACGUCAAUAAUAGUAAUACUGCGAGCAGCGACCAGCAUAAUCGUCACCAACACCACCACCACCACCACCCACGCCUUGGCCCCACCAAAAGUAUUGUUCUCAAACCGGUGAAGUCUUGUAGAUCUACAAAACUCAAGUCCAUCCACUCUGGUGUCUAUAAAAGCGAUGACAAUGAUGACGGUGAUAGCAGUGGUGAUAGUAAUGCUGAUGACGGUGGUGAGCGUGGUCGCCGUCGAGUUGACAGUGUUGACGACGAUCACGUUGGUGGUGCUGGCGAUGAUAACGACGGUGAGUUGGAAGACGACGACGACGACGAUGAUGACGAUGACAACGGACGGAGGUCCGAGACUGUCCGCGUCCACUCCAAAGUGAUCAGCCUAAACAGACACGGCGUGACGCCACCUGCCAAAGACUACUACGACGACCGGGGCUCGAGUGGACGCCGUCGUCGCUACACGCACCGGCCGAAAGGCUGCGUCGACGGCGACAACAAACAUGGACACGUCGAAGAGAAAGGUGAUGACGGUGUCGACGGAGGUGACGAAAAUAGAGACUUUUACGGCAGGAUGAAGAAGAGCAGGAGGCACAACAACAAGCAUAUAACACGGUUUCGUGAUGUGUGACUCGUGUGACUCGCUUGCUUCGGCUGUCCUGUCGUGUCAAACUUGUAGCGAGUCAAUGUAAUAAGUUGUGUGUGUGUGUGUGUGUAUAUAUAUAUAUAUAUUAUAUAUGUGAAAGAAUGUUACAUGUGUAUACUGCACAUAUGUAUAUAUAUAUA